UUUCAUGCUAAACUAAAAGGGAUUUUAUUUGGGUUUUUUUUUGCACUGCAACAACAUUGUUUUAGCAACAUUGUUCAAAAAAGUAUGCGAGCUGCAUUCUGACAGUUAAUAUCAGCUGUGAAUACAUUUUGUUUUCAUUACUUUGUUUACAUAUUUUACGAUGGCGGAGAACAUACAAGUCGACGAAGCAUUUUUAUUUAAGCGAUUUUUCGAAUUAAUUCAAUUAAAUAAUCGUCGUAAGAUAAUGAUAAACAGAUUCUUGGAAGAAUAUCCAGAGCACGGGCUCUUAUGCCAAAGUGGAUAUUCUUCCGAAAUAUUUCGAGCUGUUGUGAAAAAAGAUAAUGUAAUCAUAAGAAAACAUUUAAGACUUACAGUAAUAGCAUUAGAAAGAGUUUUCAAUUACGGUGCAAGGUUUAUAAAUACUGAAAAAGGAUGGAGUGACCGGUUUAUUAUUACUGUAUUUUUGUAUUGGCUUGGUUGCGGUGCAAGCUAUCGUGUAACGGGAGCUUCAUUUGGAAUUUCCAGAUACACUGUUAGAGAUAUUGUGCACAAAUGCUUGAAAGGGUUCCUUUCCCUAAAAUCAUCGGUAAUAAAAUAUCCAGCUGAAAGUGAGUUUGAAGGCAUUUGCACAAAAUUUAACCAACGAGCCGGCACUACAAUUUUCAAUCGUGCAUUAGGUGCCAUAGAUGGAACACAUAUACCAAUAGAUGUACCCACACUACUUCGUGACCAAUACAUGAACCGAAUGUCCUUUACAUCCAUCAAUUUACAAGCUGUAUGUUCCAGUAGUAAGGAAUUUUUAUCAAUUUGUGUUGGUUUCCCAGGAUCGAUGCAUGAUGAGCAGGUUUUAAAAAGCAGUGAAUUAUUUAAUUUGCGAAAUUUUCCUCCACCAGGCUACUACCUGUUAGGCGAUAGUGCAUAUUGUUGCCGGACUAAUCCGAUUGCAAUUCUCACUCCAUAUAAAAGAUUGCAGCCGUUAACAGCAAGACAAAAGAAAUUUAACGAGCUUCAUAGUAAGGCUCGUACUGUUAUUGAAUCUACAUUUGCUGCAUUGAAAAUGCGUUGGCGCUCAAUUUUUGACAAGGUUCUUAGGUUAAAUCUUGAACACUGUGUUCAAACAGUAGCUGUAGCAUGCGUAAUGCAUAAUAUAUGUCUGAAUGAUGGAUUUGAAAUUGAUGAAGUCUUAGAGGACUUGAAAUAUGAGGAAGUUCUGAUUGAAGACGAAGACAUUGCUGCUGCAGUUAUGCGCGAUGAAAUUGCAAACAACAUUCAGAUGUAAUUGAAGUUUAGACUUCAAA